AUGGAGAACAGCGUGGAGGAACGUGUCCUAGAAUGGUUACACUACAUCUACAGCAACGAUACCGCGUCGGCCGUCGUGCUGAACGUCACUGAAUUCCGGCGCCGACUGCUGUACAUCCUCGAUUCGCGGUUUUCCAGCAUGGACGGCAACGUGAACUACUAUCGGCACGCGUUCGAGUUUCAGAACAUCACCGAGCACAACAUCACCCAGGAGUACGUGAACGAUUUUCUGGAGAAGCUAUUCCAAUCGCUGAACCGCCUGAACCGCACGUCCGGUUUGGACCAGCCGGAGCCCGACGAGGUGGACGCAACGAAUUGCAGCGACUAUUGCAAAGGCGCCGUCCGGGAAAUUCUGCUCGAGUACAAAUUGCUACACGGCUACAUUUCACUCGUGAUAUGCAUUUUUGGUACCAUCGCCAACAUACUCAACAUUAUAGUUCUCACGCGAAAAGACAUGAACAAAGUGCCCAUAAAUCGUAUUCUAAAAUGGCUCUCAGCGACAGAUAUGUUUGUGAUGAUGGAAUACAUCCCUUUUGCAUGUUACAUGUAUUUGAUACUCCCGGACCGCAGAGACUAUCCGUACUCGUGGGCCGUAUACCUGAUGUUUCACAUGCAUUUCACUCAAAUUCUGCACACCAUCUCUAUACUGUUGACGGUUACAUUGGCCAUUUGGAGAUACAUAGCUAUAAAACAUCCGCACGGUUCGCUGGCCAUCUACGCUCAAUCGAACUACGGCCAGGCAAUUGCCCUGUGCUACAUCCUGGCGCCGAUCCUGUGCUUUCCAACCUAUUUUGUUUUCACGAUACGCCAGACGCUCGUCUUAGAAGGCGACACCCAUCUGGUGCUUUACCAUUUGGACGCGGACGAAAAUACCAUCAUCUACCGGUACAACUUUUGGAUUCACUCCGUGAUUAUCAAGCUGCUGCCCUGCAUCAUUCUGACCGUCAUCAGCUGUGUCCUGAUACAGGUGCUGUGUAAGGCCAGCAAGCGACGCCUGAAGCUGAAACAGGGCGAUGGAAACUACUCCAAAACUGGCGCUUCCUCGGUGACUCCGCAAAGCGGCGGAGGAGCUAGUUGUGUUCCACCACCCACCAGCAACGGAAAUCGUCAUCCCAAAACGGAUCGCCGAGCCGACCGCACGACAACACUGCUCGUGGCGGUCCUGUUGCUGUUCCUGUUCACCGAAUUUCCCCAGGGCAUCCUGGGGCUAAUGAGUGGAAUGCUCGAGAAGUGUUUCUUCCGCCGCUGCUACGGGCUGUUCGGGGAGGCGAUGGACCUGCUAGCCUUAAUUAAUGCUGCCAUCGGAUUCGUCCUCUACGGCCUCAUGUCGAAGCAGUUUCGGACGAGCUUCAAGUCGGUUUUUUUCAAAACUCCAACCCAUAGGGCCGAGACUACGCCUAUGACCGGUAUCACGACCACGUGUGUCUGA